GAGUUUUGUUUCGCGAGCGGUUUGGAGUAGCCGGCUCCUUACGCACUGUCGAUUGCGUAAUCUUUACAUAAAUAUCUACAUAACAUAAGUAAUUGAGUAUGUGUACAUUUUUUUUGUGACUUUAUAAAAUAUUUUCAAGAAAAUUCAGCAAUAAUCAGUCACUAGAGGCUCGUUUAAGUUGUUAGAAUUUUGUUUAAAUUUAAUUUUUCGAUGUGGUUCCUGUGAUUGGCGCUUAGUGAAGAGACACAUUGUUUUCUUUCUACUAAGUACUCUCUACGGACAGCUGCGUAAAUUUCGGCAAUCACAGAAGUGAAUAUUCAUAAUAUAAUAUAAUAUAACAUAAUAAAAAAACAAAAUGGCUGUACUAAAAACUAUAUUGAUGUACGUGAAGUUCAUUAUGGACUAUGUGGUUGAGCUGAUAUUCUCUCUGUAUUGGGACUCGAAGAAGCAGGCUAUACCGCCGUUGAAGCGGCAUCAUGCGAUGUUGAAGGAAAGUGCUUGUUCCCUAGCGAAGAAGAUUAGGAAGAAGGAACUAAAAUCUGAGGACUUGGUGCGGGCAGUCAUUGAGCGGAUCAAAGAGGUGAAUCCAGUUUUGAAUGCAGUGGUGGAAGAUCGAUUUGAACUGGCUUUAGCUGAAGCGAAGGAAGUGGAUAAAACUAUAGCAGCUGGCUUGACUGAGGAGGAAUGGAGGAACAAACCAUUCUUAGGGGUUCCCUUCACAUCCAAGGAGAGUCAGUCUGUGAAGGGCAUGCGGUACACAAUAGGUCUUUGGGCCAGGAGGGACGAGAUCGCGCAGGAAGACAGCGUCUGUGUCGAGAAACUGAGGGCUGCUGGCGCCAUCCCUGUCGCUUGCACUAAUUGUCCAGAGCUGUUGAUCUGGCAAGAAACGAUUAACCCAGUGUACGGGAGAACAAACAAUCCCCACCACACGGGAAGGACACCUGGUGGCUCGAGUGGAGCCGAGGCUGCGUUGAUGGCAUCUUACGCGAGCGUCAUCAGCCUAUCAUCAGACGUGGGUGGUUCCACUCGUAUGCCAGCUUUUUACUGUGGACAGUUUGGUCAUCACACAACUCCAGGAAGCACUAACUGUAAAGGAGUAUACCUGAAAAAAGAUGAGGAGAAAGACUCCAUGUUUUCUCUGGGUUUCAUAUCCAAGCACGCGGAGGACCUGGCUCCACUGACCACGGUCAUCACAGCCGAGAAGGCAACACGGCUGGGUUUCGACAAACAUUACGAUUUGAAGGACAUUAAUUUCUUCUACUUAGAGUCAACAAAUGACCUCAAAGUCACUCUACCAAGACCAGCAUUGAAAGACGCAAUGAAAAGAGUGAUCUCGAAGAUCAGCAAAGAUGUGCCAAGCGCGAACGCCCCGAAGCCUUACUACCACGAGGCUGUGAGCCACAUGUACGACCUGUGGCGGUACUGGAUGAGCCAGGAGAAUGAUGAUUACGAGCUCAUGUUCACAAACUUCAAGGGGAAGCCGCAUUGGCUGGUCGAAUGGGUGAAAAAGAUUUGUUUCAUGAGUGAUCACGUGUUCAGCACGCUUUUGAUCCUCACGGAGAAGCAAGUCUUAGGGCUGGACUCCCAGUGGGCUGAGAAGCUGACCCGGGAAGCAAAGGAGGAUUUAUUUAGCAAGUUAGGUAACAACGGCGUGCUACUGCUCCCUAGCUGCUCCAACGCGGCGCCCUACCACUAUUCCUGCUAUCUGUUCCCCACCAACACCUCGUACUUCAUGUUGCCCAACUUCCUCAAGUGUCCAGCCACACAGGUUCCACUCGGCGUGGACGGCUCGUCAGGGAUGCCCGUCGGGAUCCAGGUGGUCGCGGCUCCCAACAACGACGGUCUUUGCCUCGCGGUCGCCAAGUACUUGGAGAAGGAGUUUGAUGGCGCUGUUAUGGCUGCUAAAACGGAAUAAAUACUAAUGUAGAUAUAGAGUGUUAAUUAAUUUUUAUCUUCGUAAGAUUUACGUAAGUGGUAUGUUCAUGGUAUAAAAGGCAAGGUCCUGUGCUUGACAAUAAUGUAGAACUAAAUGUUAUAGGCGACUGUACCGCAGGGACUUUCGUAGCGCGGACUCGUCAUAGGUCUGUACUUAGUAUCAACGUAAACAAUUUAUUUUUCUUUUUUUUAAAUUUCUAUACAAAUUCAUUGUAAAUUCUGCACAAUUGCCGCCACUUAUAGUAAAUAAUUUGAUGUAUUGUAGACUGUAUUACUUACUGAAAACAUAAUCUAAAGAUGAGAAAGAAGACGACGAUGUAAUGAUUUUGUAUUCACUCAUGUAUCACACAUUCAGUGAUUCAGUACAUAGCAUUUGUUGCAACACUUGCAACUUCAGAAAGAGCUUUUUACUGCUUCACUUGGAUUCACUUAAAGGAGCUAAGAUGUAAGUUUUUUUUAAUAAUGUUUGUGAAGAUUUUCUUAAAUAUUAUUAGGUAUAUUGUUCAUGGUAUUACACAUUUUAUUAAAGUUUCUUGAAUACGUCGA